AUGGACUCGUCACAGGAUACUCAGCAGCAGCAAAAACAUCAUAAGCCAACGUCGCAGCAGCCUCGGGCCGAUAAAAGCAAAAGUAAAAACAGUAACAACAGCGACAGCAGCCAGCAGCUGCAAAGUCCAACCAGGAGUCAUAGCAACUCUGAAGCGGACUCGUCGCGACAUAUCUCCGCCUCUGCGAAACCAUCUACUUCUACCGAAAUGCCCCAAUACACGUCAAGAGAUAUGGGGGACCCAUCCCAGAUUCGGAGGAACAAGCAGAGUAUGGCCGAUCUCAAGCUGCGCCGAUUGACCGAGCUCAACAGCCGACUCAAGGAGGACUUGGAAAGGGAACGAAUCCCCGUCAGUCAGGCUUCCAAAAGCAUAAUUGCCUACUGCAACAGCACUAGGGACUACAUGGUGCCUUCUGUUUGGGGAGCAGUACCCAAGGGCGAGGAUCCUUACGCUCCACAACAGAACGGCGGGUGCUGUAUAGUCAUGUAAAAGCCAUAGACGAGACCCGGACGAUACCGACACACAAUUCAAGACUUGACAUAACUAUAGGCCAUCUUCAAGGCUCGAGAAUGCGGCUCACCUCAAGUGUUGAAGGCAUGGCAAGGAUUGUUUUACCGAGCUCAGUUCCUUCCUGGGAGGUUUUGUCACAACUCAAAUUCGACCACAGCCUUCCCUACUCAAUGGAGCUACCUACUACUUGAUGGUUGCUUCUACACAAGAGGGGGAGGCUAGGAGGACCACAGGACGAUUCGAUGAUAUGGAAUACCCAGCACGCGUGAUUGUCUUGAUAACUUGGGGUCGCCCGCCAACUAAUAUUUGGUUUAUGGCUGCUUGAGAUAUAUGCCACAAGAGAAACGCACCAAGACAAACCUAUCUUUGCGAAGCAAUGACCACGGUACUUUCUGCUCCUCUGUUAUUGAUGGCCUUCCCCUCCCCACAAAAAAAAAGGUUAUCGUCCGUCAGCCUGCCUCCCGAGACUAGUUACAGCCAGGCUGGACUGCGUUGAUGUCAGUCUUGUUUUCAACACUGUAAUAAAUGUCUUCGUUUGUUUAUUCUCUUUUUUCUUUUUCUUUUUUUCUUUUCUUUUUUACUCUUGUUCUGUCAUCAUCAUCACUAUACCACUACUUAUUACGAUCGAACUUCCUAUUCGUCUAUCGAUGAAUCUGGACUUAUUUACUUGCGUAUAUUAUAAAUAUUUAC